UCCCUCUUCCUUCGCUCCUUCUUCCCCCCCUCCCUGCAUCCCCGGAGCCAUGCAAAACCCCCGGAGUUCGGCGAUCACCGUGACCGCGGGAAGCAUCAUUCCAGCCGGGCUCCGUCUAGGUCCCGUUCAGGGCAUUUUUAGGCUGGGGAAAUAUAUGUCCGAUCGCAAGGAGCAUUGCAACAAGAAAAAGGUGCGCUUUGUUCGAGGGGAUUUGGUUGACGAAGCCGGCGAAACCGACCCGGAAUGGACAGAGUUCAUCCGCCCAGCCAGACAUAUCCAAGAGCAGAACCUGGAAGCAAUCACCGACCUUCCAGGGGGGCAGAUCUUUUACAGAACACUGAGGGAUAUCCACCCCGGAGAGGAGUUAACAGCUUGGUACUCCAGCUCCUUGGCUCAGUGGUUCGAUAUACCAACCACCGCCACACCGACUCACGAUGAAAAAGGCGAGGAGCGUUAUAUUUGUUGGUACUGCUGGAGAACAUUCAAGUAUCCGAACACAUUAAAAGCUCACAUCCACUUCCACUGUAGUCUGAGUAACGGCAGGGGCUUCAUCAACAACGGCGAGUGCAGAAUCUCCGAAACGUUCAGCAGAUCGCCGAAGACUGCAGACAUAUCUAGUUCGUCCACUCUGAGGAAUGGCCAUCAAAUCUCGUCCGUCUCCACAGAAGAGGUGAAACAAUCAAUUUCGCCAUUUCUGACAAAAAUGGCCAUGAGCAAGAAAACAGCGGGAGCUGAGGAUGAGCAGGACAGGGCCUUGGACAUGAGUGUUAAUUCAGCCAGAAGCCACGUCCCUCUGAUGACUAUCAGCGGGAGUUCUUCAAUAGUCAAUGCAAUGGGCUUUCACCCCGGGAUUAGAUCCGCGUUCAAACCUACAGGAUUAUCAAAAUUAAUAUCUUCUGAGGCAAGCGGAGACAGCAGCAGCAAAAUUAACGGAAUGGGCUUCAAUAAACUUCUGAGCAGCAUGAAGUCACCACGUUCUAGCAGCGAGACUAUAGUAGGCAAUCACCCUUCCAAAUGUCUCCAUUCAAUAGAGCCCCCAGCCCCGGCACAACCCUGCAGCAAUACAACGAGAGGGUUUCCUUUAUUUACUAACUUCGACCAGACGUCUGCAUUCAAACACGUCGAAAGAGGACUUCACACAAGUUUGUCUCCUAAUCGUUGCACUCCGAUUUCAACCGGCGUUCAUUUUGAGAGGUUCUCUAUUCCUCCAUUUGAAGGAGUUAAGCCAUUCUCAGGGGAAUGCAACAUCCCCAUAAUGCCAUUGACAGUGUAUAAUGGCGAAUUUCUCUACAGCCCCCCAUAUUACCCCUUAAAAUUCCACUUCAGUAACUUGAUCAAGUACCCUGAGACUGUCACCUACUUUGGCACUCCAUCCCUCAACCCGGAACUUGGUUCCAUCACCAACAUUGACCGAGAAAUUGCAAUGCACACGCAACAACUGACUAGCAUCGCUGCAGAAAAGAACAGAUCCAGACUGGAAUCCAUGUCAACCACCACCACAUCAAGUGGCAAGCCCAAAAAAGGCCACCUCUGUUUAUACUGUGGCAAACUUUAUUCUCGUAAAUACGGCUUGAAAAUUCAUAUGCGGACACACACGGGGUAUAAACCUUUAAAAUGCAAAGUCUGCCUUCGACCCUUUGGAGAUCCCAGCAAUCUCAACAAACAUAUCCGUUUACACGCGGAGGGAAACACGCCUUACAGGUGCGAAUUCUGUGGCAAGGUGCUAGUGCGUCGCAGAGACUUAGAGAGGCAUGUCAAAUCGAGACAUCCAGGGCAGAGUAUGCACAAAACAGAGAGCAAAAUGGAACGUUCCCUGGACGAGACCGAGCAGAAAAGUGACCACAGCAAUGAGAGCGACGUGGAUGUGUGUUUUACUGACGAUCAGAGCGACCAAGAUUCAGGAAGGAACAAUGAUCAGUGAAUAGAACUGCUGCGAGUAAACACCGAAUUGCCAAAACCCGAACACGCUUGAAGCAUCUAAAAAUGCCUGUUUAUUUUGUACAUAAGAUGAUAGGAAUUGUGCCUUUCGGUUACUGUUAUCGUGUAGGGUAUUUAUUAGGUUUCAGUGCAAUUUCUGAAUGCCAAGAGACCGCCGUUUAUUAAUUAGCGAACUUCAAAAACAUCUGUAAAACCGAACAAAUUGAAUAUCACAAACAUGAUUAAAAAUCUAUAUACUUCCUAUCAGAUUUUAGCUGUCGUUGUAAUAUUCUCAUAGCGUAAAUGUUAACAUUGUAACUACACUGCAAUAAAUGGAACAGUCCUCAUCUGUAAGUCACGAUGAUAAACAAGGCUUCAGGAGGGGGAGGAUAUCAAUGGUUUAGGGAAAUGUGUAAAGGUUAAUGUACUUUAUUAGCAGACAAGGCUAAAAGUGACAUACGAUGCAGAGCUGGAAGCGAUUAUACAAUUUUGUGUGAACUCGCGUCCUUAAACGGACAAACAUUAAAGCACUAUAAGAUGGGAGCGAAUCGUGACAAAGGAACUGUUAUGAGGCCACGCUGUUUAAAAUAGGGCAAACGGUUAUUUGGAACAUUUUUAUGUAUACAUAAUAUCUGAAAAUCUAUUAAAAGCAUGGAUCGUGACAAUGCUAUAUAUAAUUUUAAAGAGAAUAUAAUUUUUCGUGAUGUCGAAAAACAUGUUGUGUAUUUGUUUUUUUAUAUAUAUUAAAUGAUGUAACAGUGCACUU